AUGGGACAUCAUCACGGUUAUCAAGGCUGGUGGGGACAUAUGGGCGGUCCUACUCAACGUGGCAUCGUGACCUACAUGCUUUCUCCCUUUGAGCAGAAGCCUUUUGCUGGUGCACUCAACAAUGCCAUCUUCAACACUUCCCGCCGUGUCGCAUCACAAAUCCCUUACGUUGGUGUUGCCUUUGGUCUCGGUUACUUGAUCUACAGCGGUGCCAACAAGUAUCAUGCUCACCUUACCUCCAAGGCUGGUCAUGCUGAAGCUGGCGAUCACUAG